AAGGUGUGUCACGGUAAAGGUGACGUGGUCAAUGUGUGACACGGUAAAGAUGACGUGGUCAAGUUGUGUCAUGGCAGAGAUGACAUGAUAAAGGCGUAACACGUUAAAUGUGACGUGGUCAAGGUAUGUCACAGUAAAGGUGACGUGGUCAAGAUAUGUCACAGUAAAGAAGACAUGGUCAAGGUAUGUCACUGUAAAGGUGACGUGGUCAAGCUGUGUCACGGUAAAGAUAGCAUGGUAAAGGUUAGUCACGGUAAAAAUGACGUGGUCAAGUUAUGUCAUGGCCAAGAUGGCAUGGUCAAGGUGCGUCACGGUAAAUUUGAUGUGGUCAGGGUUUGUCACAGUAACACUGACGUGGUCAACGUGUGUAACGGUAAAUGUGAUUUGGUCAGGGCUUGUCACAAUAAAGAUGACAUGGUCAAGUUGUAUCACGGUAAAGGUGACGUGGUCAUUGUGUGUCACAGUAAAGGUGACGUGGUCAAGGUGUGUCGUGGUAAUGGUAACGUAGUCAAGGUGUGUCACAGUAUAGGUGACAUGGUGAAGGUUUGUCACUUUAAAGGUGACAUGGUCAAGGUGUGUCACGGUAUAUAUGACAAGGUCAAGGUGUGACACGGCAACUGUGACGUGGUCAAGGUGUGUCACGGUAAAUAUGACGUGGUCAAUGUGUGUAACGGUAAAUGUGAUUUGGUCAGGGCUUGUCACAAUAAAGGUGAUGUGGUCAAGUUGUAUCACGGUAAAGGUGACGUGGUCAAUGUGUGUCACAGUAAAGGUGACGUGGUCAAGUUGUGUCUCGGUUAAUGUGACGUGGUCAAAUUGUGUCACGGUAAAGGUG